UGGGGCUGAAUAGCUGUUAUGUUCCCAGGAGUGGGAAAUCCUUAAGCUUGCAUGAAAUUGCACCAGUUUCUCAGCAGCAGGUAGAAUUUGCCUUUAGAAGAGAAAUAUUUUUAUUUUCAUACAACUUUCUAAUCUUUUUGGCUAACAGUAGUUAUCUUUGGCUGGUUAUUAUGUACAAUUUAGUUCUCCAUUUUCAUUGGAGGAGAGGAGAUGGUAGAAAUAGAGGGAAAUAAGUUGACUUGGUUACCCAUGCAGAUGGAGACUUAGUGAGUCUUUCUUAAACUUUCUUCUUCUACAAAGCUGUCUUUGGAAUGAAACCAAAGACCUGGAAAAGCUGUAGUGUGUUCACCAAAAGCAGAUCUAGAUUUGUCCAAAUAAGUGAACUCUGCUGACAGCUUAUUGCAUAUGCACACAGAAGUUCAGAAAUAGUAACUGAGCUCAUGUGCUCUCCUUGAGCUGAGGAUAGCAGGGGAAUAUUUCUGUUAUGAAUAUAGCUGUGUAUUUGAAACCUUCAGUGUCUUGUUAAAUGCAAGGUGCACAGUUUCACAGUCAGUCUGUCAGAGGUUUGCUGGUGCUGGGGUGUCCAGCCUGCACAUACUAAAUACACAAAAUAUUAGUAUGUAAUCUGUACUGAACACUGAAUCUGGUGUACUAACAAGACAAUAGCACUAUGUCUAUAGGCUGUGUUUGCCAGGAGGAGCAGUUCUACAUGUUUCUGCAACUUGUAAUUCCUGUAAUGUUCACACCUAGUACUCUGAUAACACAGGGAAUCAUGGUGUUAGAAUCUGAGAAUUUCUGAGUUUGCAUACGAAGGGGAAAAAGGCUGAAAACUGUUAUACCUGCUUAACUAACUUUAAUAGCUAACUCUCAAAGAAAGUAGCUAUUUCACUACUGGCUAAAAGAAGUAGAUCAUCUUCUGGUUACAAUGUAGGGAUCUGAAUGGAAAAUACAGAUCCAGAGAAGGGUUAUGCAGUAGAAUCUGAAGCAUGGAGAAAGCUGCCACUGAAAAAAUACUGGUUUGUAACAUUUUGCCUUUAGUGUAUUACCUAAAUAAGGCUUAAUUUAACAUUGUUUCCUGAAGGUUCACUAAAUGUGUGAUACAAAGUGUGACUCUUUUCCUUGCUGGGAAGGAUCUUUCCUCACCUGAGUGUUGCCACAUCUACCCCAAGGUGAGGUGGGAAAGAUGUCAGAUAGAGACAGAAAAAUGAACAGUGGGUCAGCAAGAUUUCAGGAAAGUAAUCCAGGGGUUUAAUUUUCUGAUGAAAACCUAUGAGGUAUGUCCUAUGUGAAUUUGAAAUCCAUGACCCAUCUUGCACUUUGCAGUCAUUUCAUUGUUUUUUCCCAAGGGCCUUCUGCUGCCCAUGGUUAGUUUUGCAGAGAAGGGGAGGAAGACUGUGGUAGCCAGCUGGAAAAUGUAAAAUGUAUUGUCAUCCCUCAGCACCCCACUCUGUCAAAAAAUGGCAAAGCACAAGUACAACACCCCUGCUGAGGUGCUGCUAUCAAACAGCUAUUCCUUUCUAAGCUGGUGUCAAGGUGGAUGGGGGGACCUGCAAAAUACAGAAAAGUAACAAAUGUAGUUUUAAUUCCUGGUAGACUUUACCUGAGUGAUCAUCAUCAGAGCAGAGUAGUCACAGUGAGAAAACAGAAACAGAUUCUUACAGCUUCUCUUUGUACUUGCUGCUUCUGUACUUGGGGAUGGGGGGGUGUAUGCUACUGCCAGCCCAGGGUUCCCUGGGCUGUGCCCACAGCAAGUUUCAAGUUCCAAGUAAGAUUCUGCUUUAGUUUAUGAAUUCUGGUGCAUUACAGAGUUCAGGUUCUUGGUAUUCUUCUGCACUGAUUCCUGUUUUGCUUGUUCCAAGCUUUCAAGUGCUUCUGAGGUGCUAGUGUAUUGCUGACUGAUGAACUGACAAUACAAGCUUUAAUCCACACUGCUUCUUUAGCUUUAUACUUGAUGAUGGAAGAUACAAAGAAACAGCUGAACCAGGUAAAAAGACCCAUCAAAGCCAAAUAACUCAGCUAAAAUGUUUUGUAACCAGUGUGUUUCUCGGAAGGAAUAAGAUUAUGUGGAUCAGCUGGUGUGUUUUGUGUCUGGUGAAAAGAAGCUUAUUUAAAUUAAGAGAGCCAGGAAAUCUGUCUCUCAGUCCAGAAGGAAGAUGGGUUCCACAGAAGACCUUGACUAUCCUCAAAUCAUCGUGCAAUACAGCAAUGGAUUUUUAAUCUCAAAGGUUAUGUUCACUGCCUGUGAGCUGGGGGUGUUUGAUCUUCUUCUGGAGUCAGGAAAGCCUCUGUCUUCAGAUGCCAUUGCUGCACAUCUGGGUGCCAGCACCAUGGGGAUGAAAAGACUGCUGGAUGCUUGUGUGGGAUUGAAGCUCUUGGCAGUAGAGAUGACACAAGAAGGAGCCCUCUACAGAAACACAGAAAUUUCCAACAUCUACCUUACAAAAUCAAGUACAAAGUCUCAGUAUCAUAUUAUGAUGUAUUAUUCCAACACAGUCUACUUGUGCUGGCAGUACCUGGCUGAUGCUGUCAGAGAAGGAAGAAACCAAUAUGAAAGAGCUUUUGGCAUUUCAUCUAAAGACUCUUUUGGAGCAAUGUACAGAUCAGAUGAAGAAAUGCUAAAAUUCAUGGCUGGCCAGAACUCAGUAUGGAGCAUAUGUGGCAGAGAUGUUCUUGCUGCAUUCGACCUUUCCCCUUUCACGCAGAUCUAUGACCUGGGAGGAGGUGGAGGAGCUUUGGCCCAAGAGUGUGUUUCUUUGUAUCCAAAUUCUACUGUCACAAUUUAUGACCUGCCCAAAGUUGUUCGAGUGGCCAAAGAACAAUUUGUUUCCCCCGAGGAGCGACAGAUCACUUUCCAUGAAGGAGACUUCUUUAAUAAUUCAAUACCUGAAGCUGAACUGUAUAUUUUAUCCAAGAUACUGCAUGAUUGGGAUGAUGACAAAUGCAAACAACUGCUGGCAAAAGUCUACAAAGCUUGCAAACCUGGUGGUGGAGUGCUGCUGGUAGAAUCUCUUCUGAACGAGGAUAAAAGUGGGCCUGUAGAAACCCAACUGUACUCUCUGAAUAUGUUGGUCCAGACAGAAGGGAAAGAGCGAACAGCAGCAGAGUACAGCAAGCUCCUGGAGGCAGCUGGCUUUGGAGUGAUUCAGGUCAAGAGAACUGGAAAACUCUAUGAUGCUGUUUUAGGAAGGAAAUUGUAGUAUGUGUUUUAUGUAUGUAACCAGACAGAAAAAGCUGAGAAAUGUGCUAUUCUCUUCUUAGGAUGCAAUGAUCAACUUAGCUUUUAGUUAAGGCUGCCAACUUUUUUGUAAGCAGAUACAUUGUCAGAAGACUCACUAAUAACAGAUCUUCAACAUGCAUGUAUUGCAAAUCUGGAAGCCUGGCUUGGCUUGCCUUUGGAUCUGGGAGGAAAAGAAAGAAAUCAGCACCUGUUCCACAAAAAACAAUCCACAAAAGAAAUGUGUAGUAUGUCUGCUUCAGCUUGUAUCAGUCUCUCUGAUUUUAACCCCGUAUCUGAACAAAGCAGAGCUGAAUUUGUACUUGAGUUCCUGCAAAAUAAAGCUAAUCCCUGUACUGAGCUUUCUUGCCUGCAUUUUUAUUCCUGAGAUAUUGGUAUAAUAAAAUCAGACCAAAUUA